AUGAAUUCAAUCACAAUCAUGUUUCUCUCAUUCCUUGUCUUUGCCGCCAUCACAACCUCUGUGCAUUGCACAACUGACCCACCCAACCCCCAUAAACAAGUACGUGACACUGAUGGAGACCUGGUUCGAGUUGAAACCAAUUAUUACAUUAUUCCAACGAAGAAAGAAACUGGAGGUGGUUUGUCAUUACGAAGCACAACUGAUGAAUCUUGUCCACUUGGUAUAUUCCAAGAAGAUGAGGAUGAUGAUGAAAGCCUUGGAAUCCCAGUAACAUUUUACCCCGUCAACCCUAAAAAGAGUGUUAUUCGUGUCUCCACCGAUUUGAACAUAGAGUUCUCCGAAUCUCCUCUCGAGUGUGACAAUUCUAAUGUUUGGAAGGUUGGUAACUAUAGCGGACACUCUAAAAGACACUACAUAUCCCCUGACGGCGUUAAGGGUCAUCCCGGGUCUAACACAAUCAGUAAUUGGUUUACGAUUGAAGUAUUCGAGAGUGGUUAUAAAUUGAAGCAUUGUCCAAGUGUGAUGGACAAUGAUACUUAUGAUGAUGGCGAGGAGGACGAUGUCGAAGUGUUGUGCAAAGACGUAGGCUUUCACAAGUAUAGUGGACAACAACGUUUGGCUUUAAGUGAUACUCCAUUUGGUGUUGUGUUCCAGAAAGCUUAA